UUUUUCUAUGAAGGUUACGGUUGAUUUAGUUUUACCUUAAUGAUUCUUCGAAUUUGACCAAACCACCCAUACAUCGCUGGCCGCUGCACCCUUAAAUCGUUCAUACAAAAUACAUAUUAUGUCGCUCCGAAGAGUGUUGAUAGCAACAAAACCGCUGUCUAGAAAUAUCCACUGUAGUCGACCUCUUAAUAAUGAUCCUCGUUUAAAAGAACUAAAAAAAUGGCAAGAAUUUUUCCAAAGAGAGGAUGGUGUACCAGUAUACCUGAAACGUGGAAUGAGUGACCGUCUUCUGUUUGGUUUUAUUGUCAUUGGCACUGCUGCUUCACUCGGAAACUCUUUAAAAUUUCUUUAUGAAGAAGUCAUUAAACCAUGAAUAAUUUAUACUUAUAGAUUUAUAUAGCUUUGUAAUAC